AUGGUAUCGGCGACCGUGAAGAGCGAAGCGCGACUGCUGUUACAGCAACUCACACGGUUCCACGACGCAAGCGAGGCACUGACCCGUUUGUUUGAAGAAGGCGAGCUGGAGCAGGCGUCUGAACGAGUGGCCGUGUUGCUACAGCUGCUGCAUUGGCAGAACACGUCAGCUUCCAGUUGUCUCGACGAUGUGCUGGCUGAAGUCGAGACGAGCAGCGAGGACGGGGCCAUUGCGGUGCGCAGUGACAUGGAGUUGAGAGUGCUGGGCAAACCUGCUCUGCUCUUUGCCACGUCGAUCUAUGACGAAGAGCUGGCCAUGUUGAUCUGGUCGGGCUUCGUUCAAUUCCACGCACUAUAUCCAGCCUUCGACCUGACGCGGCAGGUGCUGGACAAUGCAGCCGACUCGCUCGGGUACUCGGCUCUUCAUUAUGCCAUCGAGGCGCAGAUGGGCGAGUUGUUGCAGGCUGUGUGCCAGGAGCUGAACCCAGAGACGACAAUGGCAGUAGUGCGCUGCGUCGUGACACAAGACGUGACGUUGCCGGUGAACACUGCAGUCGGCAUGGGCAAAAACAUUGCCAGCGGAGGUUGUUCGCUGCUUCAUCUUGCAGCCAAGAAGGGGGAACUGAACAUGGUGAAGCGGCUGAUUGAACCACCGAUGUGCAUGGACCCAACGACUCUCCGCGACUGGGACGGGAACUCCCCCGCACGCGUAGCAGCUAUCCAUGGCCAUGAUGCGAUUGCUGCAUUCCUCGAGGGCAUCACUGGCGAAGCGGCGUUGAGCGCAUCCGAAGUUGAUGGGCUGCGAUUGACGCGUGAAGCAAUUGCGAGAGACCGCUACGUGGCGCACUUGGCGCCUCAGGAAUCCAUGCUGGAGCCGUCAGUGUUUCCAGCGAUCUGGAGCCUCGAAGAGACUGCUCUUGUUCGACGCGAAGUGACCCACGUGGUCGCAGAGCACGGGUGGUGCACGACGCGCCACGCUUCGUACCAGACAACCGACUUGCCGUGCCACCACGUUGCUCGGAUCGACGCCUGGGUGCGCUCGACGCUGUCGCAGCGGUUGUUUCCUCCGAUCAUGGCGCACUACAAGUUGCCCGCGUCGCAGCGACUGCGCUUUCGUGACCUCUUUUUCGUCAAGUACGCGGCACGCAAAGGCGAGCGCUCGGACCUCGCACUGCACCGCGACGGGUCCGUCCUGUCGUUCAACAUGCUGCUGAACGCGGCCGAUGAGUUCACGGGAGGCGGGACCUACUUUGACGCCACGAAGCGGACCGUGCACGUUUCACAAGGCGAUGUUAUGGUACACAGCGGAAAAGUGCUUCACGCUGGCGCACCUGUGCGGUCAGGCGUACGUCAGAUCCUGGUCGGCUUCCUGGACGUCACGGACUGGUCGUUCUAG